CCGAUUUCCAGUUUCCCUUCCAGAAAUAUCAACACAAGACCCAUCAAAUAUCAUCUAUUUAAUUUAUUUAUUUUACUUUAACAAACAAUAAACAUUUACAAACUAAAAUAAAAUUUCACUCAAGUUUGCCAUAAGCAUUUUGAAUUCUUACUUCAAUGUUAUUCCAAACAAAAAGAAUUCACGUGAAAUAAGACCUUGUAACCCAGUGCACAUAUAACCACAAUAACAAAACGCUAAUAGUCGGACUUCGAUAUAAACUUUUAAAUGUUGGAACCGCGAGGGAAAUAGUUUAAAAUAAAAAUGCCUCGAUCCAAAUGGGCACUGGAACAAGUUGUUUUUGGAGGAAUUGUCCAUCUUGAUGAGGGUUUGACCACCAUAGGACGCAACAUUCGUUCAACUAUAGUUCCUCCAUCCGACUUUGUUUCGCGCAAUCAUGCCCAGAUUCAUAUUUCACCAGGAGGCAAUGAUAUUCGGAUUGUUGACUUGGGCUCAAAAAAUGGAAUUUACGUGAACAAAUUUCAUUAUUGCAAUGUAGAAUGCGCUCUCAAUGUUGGAGAUCUCAUAGGUAUUGGUGCAGAAGUAUCCGAGGAUGCAAUUUCGAUUGCAGGAGAAGGAAAGUAUCCAAUUUAUAUACUUAAAUGUUUUCCCGAGGAAGAUAUCAAUGGUAUUCAUGAAGAGAAUUCAGAAAAAUCUUCUUGUGAAGACAAUACUCCGCAAUCAGAACAAGCGGUUAAAAGUGAUGAACAAAAUGCAAAUAGAAAUGAUGACAAAAAUGACAGAAUCAAUGAAAAUGAUAAUUUUGUCAUACCACAAGCGAUCUCGGAGGCGGAAGAAGUUGAGGUAGUUGUAAAAAAAGAACCAGAACCUGUAGCAACAACUUCAUCGAGUAUUAUUUGUGAAAACAUUAAGAGCAUCUUUGGUGAUCUAAAUUCGGAAUUGCUGAGCACUUUGUCUGAAGAAACUAGAAAAAUAGCUGAAACUGCCACCAGGAUGGGGAAACCUAUACUAUGCGAAGGUGUUAUUUGCAUUUCUUCUAGUGAAGACGAGGAUGACUGUGGUACCACUAAUGUUACUGAUAAAAGGCAAAACCAGGUCAUCAGCCCACAGCUCUUUAAUGAUUCUGCGAAUAGUGAUAAAGAUAACAGGGAUAAACAACCUGAAGAAACAAAUGCACUUGCAUUGGACGCCAAUCCAAACAGCCUUAAUAAAAAUCAAACAGAUGUUCAAAAACCUCAACAAAUUAAUUCUGGGGAUAUAGCAAAAAGCAUACCACCAGAGUGCCCUUCAACUUCACCUUCAGAAACUGACAAAAUUGCUCCUGACCUUCAAAAACAAACUACAGCAGAACAAAACAAUAACGAGCCAAUUUUAGAACCUGAAAUAAAAAAUCUAAAAGACGAACUUGAUGACGAAGAGGAUGAUCUCUUCUUUACUCAAAAAAUCUUCGAAGAUAUGAAAGAGUAUGCUGCGGAUUUAAUAAACGAAGAAUCUCCCGAAUUUAAAACUGAACCAGAAGACUUAGAUUCAAUACCAACAAUUAAGCAAGAGAUAUGUCCACAAAAUUUAGACGGCACCAUAAUUAAUCUUGAUGACGAAGAUGAUUUUGACGAAGCCCUGGAAUCAAAAGUUCAUGAUUGGUCAAUGAAACUGACCAGAAGCUCGCAGAGCUUCUCGAAUAGUUUUAAUGUAUCUCAAGUUUAUGAGGAUAAUUAUUCAGAUGAAGAAGUAACCCUCAGAACAAGACCUAUAUUUAUUGACGACGAUGAUGAAGAUGAAAUGGAUUUUGUUGAAAGGGCGGCGUUGGUUGAAGUUAAAACUGAACCUGAUAGUUGUAAAACUGACGAAGAAAAAAGUUGUCAAACAGGAAAACUUUCUGAGAGAAAUUUACAAAAAACGCUGUUUUCAUCAUCAGAGGAAGAUACCGAUCAUCAGGAUCAACCUUCAACAUCGUCCGACUCAUUAAAAAAGUUUCACAAAAAAAUUGUUCGUAGACUUAGUACAUCGGAAAAUAUACCAAAUAAAAAGCCGCGUUUAAGUAUUAAUAGUAGAUCUGACAAUACUAACGAAGAACACGUCCACAUCCGGCGUCCAUCAUCUUCACACCGAACCUAUUUAAGUAAAAGCUCUGGAAGCAAACACUCACACAGUUCCCAUUCGAGAGAAAAUAGUUCUUCCAAAGAUGAUGUCUUUGACAAACUUAAAGAAAAUGACAAAUCUAAACAAGAUCGUAAAUCAUCAUCAUCAUUGAGUAGCCAUAAAAAUUCCAGCGAAAAUAAAUCAAAAUCAAAAGAUAGAGGACCGAGUGUUCAUCAUUCUAAUUCGUGUAUUGAGCUGCCUACUUCUCCCACUUCUAAUUUAUACAAGUCAGCAUCAGUAGCUAGAAUGAAAUCAGUGGAAAGUCUUUCAUUAGUUGAACAAAAUCAUAUUGAUGAUUUUGUGGAAAUUAAGAAAGCCACGAAAGUAGUUGAAGAAAGCAAAAAACCAGAAACACAAGCACCUGUUGCGACAACAACGAUAUCCAAAAUAAUCCGAGGUCCACCCGAAAUUAUCCAACCGCCAACACUGCCAGUGAACAAGGGAAAGCUUAGAGGUAUCUCCGCUACACACAAUAGAAUUGCAGAAAAAUUAAAAGCUUCAUCAAAUACCAAAGAAUUAAAACGAAAAUGGUUGGAAAAGCCCUCAGCAAAAAAAGAUAAAGAAAGAGCAAAAGCCAUACAAGAAGAUCGAAAGAAGAAACUAAAAGAAUUAAAUGACAGAAAACAAUCAGAAAACUUAAAUAGCGCGUCAAUCUCCACAAAAGAAAAAACUUCUACCGACGAUAAAGAAGGCGACACUAGGAAAAAAGUCAAGGUCAAAUUGACCAAAACUAACCGAGGUGCUUUUCUAACGGAAUUACCUGCAACAAAUCUAAAGCCACAUUAUGUGAUUCCUAAGAAAAUUCCAAAACCAAACGGAACCUCCCCAAAAUUAUCAAAUGGAUCUUCUAAGCCCUCUUCCAAAAUAUCACCGACACAAGUGGUGAAGAACAAGAAACUUCCACAAAAACCCAGCACUGAAAUCGUCUCUAGUUUUGCCCAAGAAUUAGCCCAAGCUGAUACAGUAGUACUUCAAAGACAAACUAGUCGUGAUCGAACUAGAAGCACCGAUAGUGCUAAUGAGACUCAGAGGCAAUGUGCUCCACCACGUCGCAAUAGUAAAAAAAUCAAUUUUGCCUCUAUGCAGCAACAUUUCGAAGAAAACAAUCGAAUUCUCAUACAAGCUUCUUGUUUGAGGAGUCCAGCUUCGAAUACAGUGCGACCUCGAAAAGUAACAUUCAAGUUGCCUCCUGAAAUUCGAUAUUUCGAAUCGGUUUCAAGCGCAAAACCUAAACGUCAACAAAAAGAAAGCUCCACAUUUAUGGAAAGAAGAGCAAUUAUUCGAAAGCAGUAUUCUAUAUUGGAUAAAACAGAUAGUUUGCUUGAUGAUAUUUUGUCGUGGAGUCAGCUUUGGUUACGAAAUAAACAUCAUAAUGUCAACAUGAUGGUCUUCCCAAUGACCAAUAACUUUAAGUCGUUUGGAGAGUACAAAAAUAUUAUUUUACCGUUACUUAAAAUGGAGUACUUAGCACAUCUUGAAAAAGCUAUGGAGCAAUCGGCUUUGAAGACUGCCAUUUUAGCUGAAAUCGAUUAUAGUGCGCCACAUAAACACAGGGAUUAUGUUUUUGCAAAAUGUAACACAAUUUUAAGGCCAACUGAAUUGUCAUAUAAUGACUUAGCUUUAAUUGACGUUUUUGUUGGGUCUACGACAAUUCAAUAUUUUGGUUAUAUUAGCAAUAUACGCAAAAGUGGAACAUACACAUUCAUUACAUUCGAAAUAACUCCUAAUGCAAUUCCCAAAGACAUUCUUACCACGAAACCAAAAAUUAAAAUCAGACGCAUAAUAGAUGGUAUCCUUCUGCAUUUGAGCACAUUUAACGCCGUCCACCAACUAGAACAAACACCUCUCAUCCAAAAGAUCUUAAAUCCUUCGGAGCUACAAAGCAAACAAAAUAAUUUACGCACUUCGUGUAUUGAAUACAAAGGAUUUAAUGCAUUAAAUAAAGAGCAGCAUGAUAUUUUAUUAAAAACAUACGAAAAAGCCAUCGAUGAAUCAAGUCCGAAUAUAUCAUUAAUCAAUGGUCCCCCUGGAACUGGAAAGUCGGUACUUAUUUCAAAUCUUGCAAUUCAAUUGCUCUAUGGCAAUGAGGUAAAAGAGUUGGAUAAGAAAAUUCUGAUUUGUGCCCAAAGCAAUAUGGCUGUGGAUGUAAUAGCAGAGAAACUAAUUAAAAUCAAGCAAAAACUCUCACUCGAUGUUACACACUUUAAUGUUGUUCGAUUUGGAAUGGAUGAAAAGGUCCAUCCAAAUGUGAAGACAAUAACUCUUAAAAGUGUCUUACAGCGCCACCGAAUGAGCAUUUUAAAAAAGCAAGCAAAUCAAGGCAAUGAUCAAAUAAUGAAUGAAGAAAAUCUUAAUUCAGAAAUUGUGCAACUAGAAGCUCAAAUAGUUGAAAUGGAAAAACACAAUUUCCAAGAUGUGCGACAAGAAGAGCUUAUGGAAAUGCGCAGGAACUUAACGAUUAAGAAAAAUAUAGUUAAUCAAGUGUUCCGGCCGGAAGACGAGAAGCGCCUGAGUAAAUGGUUUUUGCAGAACGCCAACAUAGUUUGCUCGACUCUUAGCAGUUGUGUUAAACUUGCAUCCUUUGUGGAUUACUUUGAUGUAUGUAUUAUUGAUGAAGCAACACAGUGCACGGAACCGUGGGCUUUAAUGCCUCUGAGAUUCGGUGUGAGUAAUCUGAUCAUGGUUGGUGAUACGCAACAACUUCCAGCAACAGUGAUAUCACAGCGUGCUAAAGAACUGGGUCUUGAAACGUCACUAUUUACAAGAAUUAAAAAGUGUUUGGAAUCUGACUACAGAGAAACUCCAAAUAUCCUCGAAAUUCAAAACAAGCCAAUUUAUACCCUUCAUGAACAAUACCGAAUGCAUUCGGAGAUAAGCAAAUGGCCAAAUAUGUAUUUUUAUAAAAAUCAAUUAAGAAACAAUCCCAAAGUAGAUGAAUUCAAAUCAAGUAUCAAACCAUUUUCUAUACUCAAUUUGGAAUACAGGCAGAAUGACUCAUAUUAUGGCCAAAUUUCAAUAUCAAAUAAUUUAGAAGCUGAAUUUGUUGCUAAACUAGUAACAGAAUUAAACAAUUAUAUACCGAAUAAAUUUUAUAGUUAUGGCAUAAUAACACCAUACGCUCAGCAUCGCGAAAAAUUGGAAAACAUGAUAAGAAAUAGCGGCCUAAAUGAUAUAAUGGUUAAUACCAUUGAUUCGUAUCAAGGAAUUGAGAAGGAUGUGAUUAUAAUAUCAAAUGCACGUACUCAUGGAGUUGGAUUUUUGGGCAACUAUCAAAGACUGAAUGUUGCUCUGACUAGACCAAGAAAAUGCCUUAUAGUUUGUGGAAAUUUUAAAAAUUUAGAGUCUGUACCUUCGUGGGCGAGUUUGCUGGCAAAUGCAAAAGAUCGAGGACUCUACCAUAAUAUUAGCACCAAAGACGCUUUAGACAUAAAUAAAAAUGUAAUUGAGAAAAUCAAAAUCAAACGCUAAUCCAUACAAAUUAGUUAAAACGAUAAAAAAACGUUCUUGUGAUAAUCAAAAAUGCUAUUGUUUAGCCAACAUAAAUCUAAAAUAAUCUUUUUUUUCAUUGCUAUACAUAACUAUGUAUAUGCCAUAAUAAUUACAUUCUGAUGUAUUAUAAAAAUAAAGUUAUAAUAAGUAUAAUUUUUUAUAUACCGCACAAAUAUUUUCUGUUUCAUCAUCUUAUGUACAAAAAUAAUCAUUAGGCUAAUUCGGAAUAUACUUUUCAUUCAGAUAAAUAAGUUUUUAUAUUUUAAUUGUUAUGAAUGCAUUUAAAUUUUUAAACCAUUCAUCAAUAGCAUAACUUAUCAUUGAACGUUUUAUUUUGUAAAAUAAUUAAAUAUUUUAAAUUUAAGUAAGUGGAUUCGUUAGCGAUCACCUCAUUUUGCUAAAAAAAAAGCAUUUCGUUGGCCAAAACUCGUUGUUAUCGAAUCUAUUAUUCAUUUUAUGAACAAAAUAUUUUUGAAUUAUUCCUACAAUUAUUCAGUACAAAGUUAGGCAAAACAUUUGUAUUUAAUUAAAAACAUAGUUUAUAAUUAAAAACCGACAUUUAAAAAUUCAGUCAAUUUCCUGCCAAAGUUCAAAUCGUUUGCUUUUUUCGUUAUCUAAAUAAAAAUCAAGCUUUAUUGCUUUGUUGGUCAAAAUGUAUGGUAGUGUCUAUUUUGGCCAAAUUGAACUUAACUUUCGUUUAUUUUUAUUUAUGUUUAAGCUAAUUUCAUAUGUGCCAUAGAAAAAGACUUGGUUUAACAGAAGAAAUUUAUUCAAAUCCAAUCAAUAAAAAAGAAUAUAUUGACAAUACAAGUUUGAACGAUUAGUAAUUGAAAGAAUAAUGAAUUAAUCAAAUAUAAAAUUUACAUUGAAUUUUGAAACUUUUGCUAAUAUAUACAUAUAUAGUUUUUAGUCAUAAGUUUCCAUUAAAUAUAAACAUAUAACGAUCUGAUUCCAUUUUGUGCUUUGUUUUCUUAAUUUUAUGUUUCUAUAAAAACUAAUAACAUAGAAUAGUAAAGAACUUUUAAGUAAAAGUAGAACUUAAGAUUUGUACAGCAAAAAACAAAAGAAGCAAUUAUUGUAGAUUUAAGAGUUAUUGAUUUUUAUUAUUGUUGGGUUUACUCAAAAGAUACAAAAAUGUUGAAGAGAAUUAAUAAA